GUGCUGGAGAAAACAAGCAUUAGACAAAGGUUGUAGAAUUGGAUGGAAACCCUUGGUGCCGUUAAAGAACAAGGCAACUCUGGCAUUCCCAGAGGUUACAUGGGUAAUCUCUCCAUCCCAGAAAACAUCACUGAGAGGUGCAGACCUGGGCCUACCCUGCACCCCACUCUUGAGCUCUCCGGUUUUACCGCGUCUGUUUUGACGCUUGGAUGGAAGACCUGGAUACCUGGCGACUUUGUUGGGUGGACUCAGCCCAGCAAGUGGUACCAACUGGAGCAGAGAUCGAAGAACCAGGCUUUGUGGAAGUGACCAUCUCCCAAGAAGAAGACUUCAGCCCCCUGGAUCCCUGGUUUCAGCCCCCAAACGGGAUGGAUCAGCAACUUCCGAACUGGGGUGGAAGGAGUUAUCUAGCUGAGCUUGAGGACUUUCAGGAGGAGACACAUUUCCAUCACACAGAUGGCUUGCAAGGCUCCCCAGACUACACCAACACCAUCAUGGAAUUCACCCAGCUUCCCUGCUACCUGGAUGAUUGGGGAUCCUGCAACACAGAUGAGGAACGUGGAACUGAUCUUGUUGGCCCGAGUCCCAAGCUGCUAGACCUCACUCCCAGGCCUAACUUGGACAGCAUCCCCUCUCGACAGGAAGCCGCUUACUAUACUGACCUCCCGCAUCAACCCUUGAUGCCUCUGCUAUAUUCCUGGUCCUCUGAAGAACAGACGUUCCAAUCCCAUUCUCAUCUUCUGUCUCCUCAGGGGCAAGGAGAGAAAAAACAAAUCAUCUCAAGGGUUGUGACAUCUUUAGACUGGACUAAGAAGCCUGCCCCAGCUGACAGCAGUCAGCCCAGCAAGGACUGGGAUUUGUGUCAAUGCAAGCAACAAAACAGGAGAAAGAAGGUGCCAGCGGAUCGGAUUGAUCCUCAGAAGCCCCUGAGGGAAUAUACAGGUCCAAUCCAGUUGUGGCGCUUUCUGCUGGAGCUGCUCCAGGAUGGCUCAUGUCAGGCCUUUAUCUGCUGGACGGGGAAUGAUUGGGAGUUCAAACUCCGGGAUCCUCAUGAGGUGGCACGGCGCUGGGGCCAGCGGAAGAACAAGCCACGCAUGACCUAUGAAAAGCUGAGCCGGGGGCUGCGCUACUAUUACCACAAGAACAUCAUUCACAAGACCAGCGGCCAGCGCUACGUCUAUCGCUUUGUCCACGACGUCCGGGGCCUCUUGGGGGAGCUGGCCGAGCAGCUGCAGAACAGGAAGGGGAGAACGCCGGCUUCCUAAAGGAUUUGUCUUUCAAAUGCCAAGGAACAAUCAAACCAGCAUCAUAUAGCUUCUCGGGGUUCCAAAGUGGGUGUCACUCCUUACGGGGAGACCUGGCCACACGAUCGAUCCGUUUGUGGCACGCCAACUGGCGAAAUGCUCCAGGAGAUACCAAAAGGCAAGAUUGGACGAAAUGGGGCUGUUCAGACACUUAACCAUGCAAUUCUUUCUAGCUUUCUUUUUACAAUACUAACAGUGUAUAUAGGGGAAAUGAACAGAAUUUUAAAAAUACAUGGCUCAUCAAAUACUCUGCAGUGGACUGGUAAGGAGCAGCAGUGGCGUAGGAGGUUAAGAGCUCGUGUAUCUAAUCAGGAGGAACCGGGUUUGAUUCCCAGCUCUGCCGCCUGAGCUGUGGAGGCU